ACCUUGCUACUUCCUGCUCUUCGGUCCAUGGUUCAGACUAUGGAGCUGUGGGCUCAGCUGAAGCAGGCUGGACUGGAGCCCAGUGGAUUGGGCCCACUCCCCCAGGCCCUACGGAUGCCCCCACCAGAGGGGAACCCCGGUCAGGCCCUUAUGUCUUCAGGGGCCGAACUUGGGGGUGCCAGGGAGCUGUUGCUGUGGAUCUGGGAGGAGUUGGGGAACCUGCGCCGACUGGAUGUUCAGCUGUUGGGACAACUGUGUGACCUGGGACUGGAGAUGGGGACCCUGCGGGAAGAGCUGGUCACCAUCCUGGAAGAGGAGGAAGAUGACGAUGAGGAGGAGCAGGAGGAGGAGGGGGAGGGGAAGAACUGUGUAGAAGAGAACAAAGGGCUGUCGGGAAAGCAGGGGGAAGGAGGUUCAGGGAACUCCUAUCCAGCCCAGCGCCUCCCUGACUUUGAGAUGACCAUCUGAGGCGAUAUCGGUUGAUAUGCAAAUGAGAUGCAAAUUCACGCAAACCCACGCAAAGUUUGAGAAU